UCUCAGUCGUAUCCGGUGGGGCAGCGGUCCAAGGCUCGGAAAAAAAAUCGAAGCGAGCAGGAAGAUCUGGUAACGGUGCGCUUUGUGAAAAAUAUCAUACGUGCCGAGUCUUUAUCGAAAGGCUCGGUGGGAUUUUACAGUUUUUCGUUAAGGUCAGAAGUCAUAGAGCAGGGUUGCGGCUGUCGUCAUGGCAUCUGGAAGUACGAGCAGCGAGGAGGAGCGGAGCCUCAGGGAGUGUGAGCAGUACGUGCAGAAACACAACAUCCAGCAGCUGCUGAAGGACUGCAUCGUCCAGCUGUGCACCUCCAGGCCCGACCGGCCCAUGGCGUUCCUCAGGGAAUACUUCGAGAGGCUGGAAAAGGAGGAGGCCAAGCAGAUUCAGAACCAGCAGAAGGCCAGCAGCUCCCGUUCAGACUCGCGCGAUGAAGAAGUGUCUCCACCCAUGAACCCAGUGGUGAAGGGUCGCCGGCGGAGAGGAGCCUUCAGCGCAGAGGUUUACACAGAGGAGGACGCAGCCUCGUACGUCAGGAAGGUGAUUCCAAAAGACUACAAAACCAUGGCUGCUUUGGCUAAAGCCAUUGAAAAGAAUGUGCUCUUCUCACAUCUGGACGACAAUGAAAGGAGUGACAUAUUCGAUGCCAUGUUUCCAGUCACCUACAUUGCUGGGGAAACAGUUAUUCAGCAAGGUGAUGAAGGAGACAACUUCUACGUCAUCGACCAAGGAGAGAUGGAUGUGUACGUGAACAACGAGUGGGUGACCAGCAUCGGAGAGGGAGGCAGCUUCGGAGAGCUGGCACUCAUCUACGGCACCCCGAGAGCGGCUACAGUCAGAGCCAAGACCAACGUGAAGCUGUGGGGCAUCGACAGAGACAGCUACAGGAGAAUACUCAUGGGAAGCACUUUGAGAAAGAGGAAGAUGUAUGAGGAAUUCCUCAGGAAAGUGUCCAUUUUAGAGUCUCUUGAUAAAUGGGAGCGUCUGACGGUGGCCGACGCCUUAGAGCCCGUUCAGUUUGAGGACGGCCAGAAGAUCGUGGUGCAGGGCGAGCCCGGAGAUGAGUUCUUCAUCAUUUUAGAGGGUUCAGCAGCUGUCUUGCAGCGUCGCUCCGAGAAUGAAGAAUUUGUUGAAGUAGGAAGAUUAGGACCGUCUGACUACUUUGGUGAGAUCGCUCUGCUGAUGAACCGCCCUCGUGCUGCCACAGUGGUCGCCCGCGGUCCCCUGAAGUGCGUGAAGCUGGACCGGCCCCGUUUUGAGCGCGUCCUGGGCCCCUGCUCAGACAUUCUGAAACGCAACAUCCAGCAGUACAACAGCUUCGUGUCGCUGUCUGUCUGAGGGAGGAGCACCGUUCCCCAUCUUCUUUUUCUGCCCCCCUCUCCUCUUCUUCCUCCUCCUUCCCCUCCUCCUCACCUUCUCUUCUUUCAGACCCAGGGUCCACAAAUGCAAUUUGCUUUUUGUUGUUACUUUGCUCUCACUUAUUUUAUUUUUUGGCUUUUGAGUUCUCUCUUUGUUUUACUCAAAUGGUUUUUUGCCGUCUCCACGUGUCACGCUGUGGUGACUUUCAGCCACUCACCAGCGCUUGUACCAGCUGCUGUACGCUACCUUGUAGACACAGUUACACCACAUGUUACUUAUCUUUCAUAUAUAUAUAAAUAUAUAUAUAUCUAUAUAUAU